AUGAUACAACAUUAUCCAAGACUGAAGAAGAAUCAGUCCGUGAAACCGGAAACGGUGCUCUUCGACUUCCUCGCGAAACCAUUCGCGCCCUUCGAUGGGGCCUCCGAGCAGUGUCUCAGGGACAGCGCCGUUUACUUCCGAGAAGUCGCUCGCUACACGCCCUGGGCUCUUCAGAUGUACGACGCGUCCGUGAAAAUUCCAUCGGGCAUAAUCACGGGCAAUUACAAGCAGUUAGGCAAUUACGACGAGUGUCUGCAAGUGAAAAGCGGACACGGAUUCACCGGGAAGGCCUGCAAAGCAAUGGUGCAAUUCGACGUCUCCGGUGGCGCCGAGAAACAUCGGGAUCCCGAUCUGGUCGAUCUCUUGUCGAACGUAGCACAUGCAUCGGGGAUGAAAUCGCUCCCCGGGAAAACGGUGAUUUACGAGUGGAUGUGGUGCGUCCCAUCGAGCUGCAACCACACGGAAGUCCAGGAGGCGCUGGAAAUCGUCCUCGAUCCUCUGAAGGUGGAAGGUCGCGUGGACUUGGUGGUGAACGUUCCCGAAAAUUCUUGUCACACCUUAGAAACGGAUCGGCCGGUGUUCGACGCAACUGAUUGGAUCUACAUAUCAAUCCUCUCGAUAUUCGCGGUGAUCAUAAUUGCCAGCACGAGUUACGACAUCGCCAGGCAAGGCCGUUUGAGUACGUUGAACCGAAAAGACACGAGACACGCGAUUCUCACGUCCUUCUCCGUCUACACGAAUGGAAGGAAUUUGCUGAGGACGGACAGAUCCAGAAACUCUAUCAAAUGUCUCGAUGGAUUGCGUUAUCUGAGCAUAUGCUGGAUAAUCUGCGGUCAUACGUUCUAUUGCGAGAUCGUCGGCGUAAAAAUGAACCUUAGCGAGGUCCCGCUGAUGCACUUGAACUGGAGCAACAUGCUACUGCUGAACGCGAACAUAAUCACCGACACGUUCUUCAUCGGUCUCUAUCUACAUCGAUACAUGAGGCUGACGCCGGCGUACGCGAUGAUGAUCGGCUUUUACGCGACGUUGUUCUACAAAGUCGGGACUGGACCAGCCUGGGACGAAUGGGUCGGUCAAAACAGGGAUUACUGUCGUGAGAACUGGUGGACCAAUCUACUAUACGUGAACAAUUACGUGAAUCUGCCCAGAAUAUGUCUGUCACAGUCUUGGUACUUGGCGACCGACAUGCAACUUGUCUGGCUGUCGCCGAUCAUCUUGUACCCCAUGCUCAAGUCCACGCGAGAAAUCUUCUUCUGGAUCGUCAUCGUCGUCGGCUUCGUCACUUCGAUCCUUAUACCGUUCUUUGUUACGUUCAGCCUGAAUCUGACCGGUACCAUGCUCUAUUACAAAGAUUCUAACGAUGUGGCCAACGUUUACGUCCAAAUCUACACGAAAGUUUACAACAGGUACGGGGCGUACCUCAUCGGACUGGCUCUCGGUUACAUACUGUACAAGACGCGGGCGCGAGUCAUCAAAAUACGUCCGAUGUACAUGGUUAGCGGAUGGUUGCUAGCUGCGGUGUCCGGUUUACUCGUUUUCGUCGGUCCUCGAUGGAUGUAUCUCGAAGAGCACGUCUACGACAGGCUUGAAGCAAGCUUCUACGCAGGACUGCACAGACAGAUCUUCACCCUUUCCAUCUCCUGGCUCAUUUUUUGCUGUGUGCACGGAUACGGAGGUUUCGUUGGUGUGUGUCUGUCCUGGAAAGGAUGGGUUCCGUUCAGUAAACUGACCUACAGCGCUUACCUGUGUCACUACGUGUUUCUACUGACGGAGGCUGGUUCGGUCAGAACCAGUGGCAUAGUCACACCAAUGUCGAUCUUCCGCAGCUACUGCAGCAACUUGUGUCUCACGAUGCUACUCGCCGCGGUCUGGAGUCUGUGCUUCGAGAUGCCAUUCAUGACCCUGGAUCGUAUGCUGUUCGCGAACAGGAAGAGCCAGUCUGCGCUCUCCACGAAGCCCAACCAGGGAAAGAUGUUCGGUUCGACCGAUUCGAGCAAGGAGAUCUAUCGAUCCACGAACGAGUCAUCGUCGUCUAUCCCGCAGGCCUGCGACGACACCUUCAAUCGGACGUCGAACGACGACAGCGUGUACAGUUCUGAUCUAAAGUCUCAUUCGCGGGACGACCGAUGUCCGUUCAUUUUCGUAAUCGGUGGCCCGGAAAGUAACAACGAUUCCUGGCCAAAACCACAAAACGUUCAUCAAAAUAACGGUUUCGACGAGGACUCUGACGAUGCGUCGCACUCGAAAUUGGAGGUUAGGCUCGAUCGUGGUUAUGAAUCGAUUGUGAACGAGGACUCGAUCAGACACAAGGACACGAACGAGUCGGACGUAAAGAACAGCAGUUGAUGGAGCGAAUCCUCCGUUAUAUUUGAGCAAGCUUGCGGGUCAAGUGUUAAUUUAUACGAGGAUAGGGACGUGAUCGGUGACAAUCGAGGGCAUGUGAACACUGAGGAC